UUUAAAAAACGGACCUGGCUCACGUGACUCUGCAACUCUCUGCAUUUCGGAGGACUUGGAUUUUUAAAAGCUAUUCGUCGAUGAAUAUCGAUCGGUUGUAAGGCCGAAUUGAAGAUUGAAUGUCCAAAAUACGAAGAAGUUGGAAGUCGUGUCCAAGCCGCGUUGCAGCGCGCAGCGCCUCCGUUGGACUCGCAGCACAGGCAGCGUCAAAUGUGCCAUUAAAUGGCAUUUUUUAAGGGGUCUGGCGCAACUUCCUUUUGGGAGAAAAGGAACCGUAUCGGGGGGGAAAGACUGCAGCCACAGCUGUUGCCUUCUACCGGGCUAAUAAUCGAUUACACUUUUACGAAGACGACGUGUUGGCUCGCAUAUGGCUGACAGGAGGCUACAAGACACAACAAAGAUGUCAAACUUUGUUAAACCGGACAGAGUCUUUAAGAAGUCCAGCCCCAACUGCAAGCUCACUGUUUAUCUGGGGAAGCGAGACUUUGUUGAUCACUUGGACCAAGUAGAUCCAGUUGACGGAGUGCUCCUUGUCGACCACGAGUAUCUGAAAGAUAGAAAAGUGUUUGUGACUCUGACCUGUGCGUUCCGUUACGGCCGGGAGGACCUGGACGUCCUGGGCCUCUCCUUUCGGAAGGACCUGUACGUCAGCACGGUGCAGGCCUUCCCUCCUCUGCAGGAGACCAAGACGCCUCCGAGCCGCCUGCAGGAGCGGCUGCUGAAGAAGCUGGGUCAGCAUGCCUACCCCUUUCACUUCACUAUCCCCCAGAACCUGCCUUGCUCAGUAACCCUCCAGCCCGGCGCUGAGGACACGGGGAAGGCGUGCGGUGUGGACUACGAGCUCCGCGCCUUCUGUGCUAAGACCGCGGAGGAGAAGAUCCACCAGAGGAACUCUGUGCAACUGCUGAUCCGGAAGGUUCAGUACGCUCCGGAGAAGCCGGGUCCACAGCCAAUGGCGGAGACCAGCCGCAGCUUCCUGAUGUCCGACAGAUCUCUGCACCUAGAGGCCUCGCUGGAUAAGGAGCUGUACUAUCACGGUGAGCCCAUCAGCGUCAACGUCCACGUCACCAACAACUCCACCAAGAGCGUGAAGAGGGUGAAGGUAUCCGUCCGUCAGUACGCCGACAUCUGUCUGUUCUCCACUGCUCAGUACAAGUGCUCCGUGGCCCAGGUGGAAGCAGAUGACCAGGUCUCUCCGAGCUCCACCUCCUGCCAAGUCUACACUCUGACCCCCAUGCUGGGCACCAACAGGGAAAAGAGAGGCCUGGCCCUGGAUGGAAAGCUAAAGCAUGAAGACACCAACCUGGCCUCUAGCACCAUAGUGAAGGAGGGAACCAACAAGGAGAUGAUGGGGAUUCUGGUUUCCUACAGAGUCAAAGUGAAACUGGUGGUGUCUCGUGGUGGGGAUGUAGCUGUGGAACUCCCGUUUGUCCUGAUGCAUCCCAAACCUUCAGACCUGUCCAGCUCUCAAUCAGAGUCCCUUGCUCCAGAGGUCGAUGCUACAGUGGAUACAAACCUCAUUGAGUUUGAGAUGAACACUUCGCCUCAGGUCGAUGACUUUGUCUUUGAAGACUUCGCUCGCCUGGGCCUGACGGGGAUAAAGGAUGAGGGCGACCCCUUUUGUUAGCGGAGUCCCCCGUCUGAGUGAAACACACAGGACGCCUCAACCCUCGAGAACCCGAGAAGAAGAAGAAGAAGUCGUGAAGACGGCCUCCUGAGUUUUGCCACGUUUUAAUUUAUCCAUUUAUUCUCUGUAGGCUUCUACUUGUACCUCACACUGCUGGUAUACUCGGAUAAAAAGGAGGAGAUGGCCUGACUUGGGCAACGACCGUGAGUUUAAGAAGUGGAGGCCUGAGUGAGAGGUGGUUGCAGGAAGGGCUGCUGCUUGCGUUGUUCUGCUGAUAUCAGUAUUAAACAUGCUGCUGUGAUUCAGGAAUUAUAAUUCUAACAAGUUAAAACAAAGUUAUCAAAGUUGUAUUUUUGUAUUGAUGAUAGGUCAGCUGAAUGUUUCAGGGGGCCCUCUAACCUUUACUGCUUCCUAUUGAUUUGUCCUAGUAGAUCAAACUAGAGGGUAUCGUUAAAUCAACAAGAAUGCUUUUAUUUUUACAGUUAUUUUUGGUAUUUCAUCUAAUAUCUGUAGGGUGAACUAAAAUGAUUAAAACUGGUUUUUAGUGUGUUGGACAGCCAGGAAUUGUUUCAUUCUGGCUUUGGUGUGCAAUGUCAUCAGUGGUGGAACGUAAGUACAUUUACUCCAGUACUUGUGAUUUACUAGUAUUUCCAUUUUCUGUGACUUUAUACUUCUACUCCUCUACGUUUCAGAGGCAAAUACUGCCAUUUUUACUCCACUACAUUUAUUAAACAUUAUACAGUGCCAAUCAGAGGUUUGGACACACAUUCUCAUUCAAUUCAACGAGAACGUGUGUCCAAACCGUUGACUGGUACUGUACAUAAAAUUACAUGAUAUGAUGCAUUAUUACACCACUAAUCUACCUAGUAGUACAAAGCAUCUCAAAUUGCCUCCACAAACAACAACAUUAAAAUGCUUGUAGAUAUUUCUCAAAUGAAAGAGAAUUACCUAAUAUUCUAUGAUCCUGUUACCGAAACAUGGUUAUUUAGGAAGAUCCCACUUACUUAACGGGUAACUUCAUUUUUUACCUGGCCCCUAUUCUUCCAAGUUUGUGUAAAAAUGACUUACGUGGAGCAAUGUGAGAUUUCAGAACGAGACUCUGUUGGACACAAUGACAAUCGGACAGGUUUGUCUCUCAAUAGUGUUCCAAUUAAAAAAAAAUCUUGUCCCCAUUAGUCACCUAGAGACUAGAAUGUGGGGAAAUGUUUAGGUUAUCCUUUAGGUCACAUUUUGAAUUCGGUAAUUCUACCAAGUAAAGGAUCUAAUUCUUCUGUAGGCCCCUUUACACAAUAUUGUCUCAUCAGUGCUAGCACUAUAAAGUCACCAUGUUUCUACGUCAUACAAGGGUGCCAUUUCAUUUCUCAAUGCUUUUUGGCCAAUCUUCAUUUAUUAGAAACAUUUUUACUUGUCUUUUUUCCCAUUACGAUGUAAAUGUGAGCUUUGUAAGUGAAAGAUACAACUCCAAUAAGACUGAUUUACUCAAUAAAUUGAACAAAUAAUCCUUAAAA